GCUGACAGCGCCACAGACUCUGAUGCAACUCCUACUCCUACCCAACAGUCCAAACCGGCCGUGUCCGCCCAGGUGGCAGCUGUCAAGAAGACACAGCGUUCGGGCAGCAGCGAUAGCAGCGCCUCAACCGAAAGCUCUGCCAGCUCAGCAACAGCAGCCGCCGCAGCCGCCGCAGCAGCAGCAGCAGCAACAACAACAACAAGCAGCAGCAGUCAGCCGGCCAAGGCGGCCAGCACGUCGCGCUACUCGAGCGCACGUGAGGCUACGGUGCCAGCGACGCCGGAGAAGAAACCCUUCGUGAGCCGCUUCCUGCCGCAGCACAGCACUCCGAGCACCGCCAAUGGCUCAGCGGAUAAGAAGAAGACUGAGUCGGAUUCGAGCAGCGAAGAGGAGACCAGCACGGAGUCCGAGUCCGAGUCGGAAGUGGAGCCGAAGCCGAAGACCAGCGCCGCGGCCAGCAGCAGCAGCAGCGCUGCAACCAAAUCGACGCCCAGCAGCGCAGCCAGCUCGACGACAACAGCGGGCAGCGGCAGCGGCAGCAGCUCGUACAGGGAUCGGCUGGAGGCGAGACGCGCCUCCCGUGACGACACGAACGCGACGACAACGCGCAGCAGCUAUGCCACGCCCAACUCGAGCAGCAGCGGCUAUGGCAGCGGCAGCUCGCCCCGCACCCGCCCCGUGCCGGCGGCUCAUCAUCUGACGGAGAGCGACGAUCGUUAUGGCAGCGGCAGCGGCAGCAGCAGCUACACAAGCCGCUUCCUAAACAAAAGCAAGAGCAGCGCAAUUGUCGCACAGCCGUCGCUAUCGACGCCGAACGCCUCCUUCGACGAUGAUGGCAACGGCACGGGCACCGGCACUGGCACCGGCGACGAUUCCGACAGCCGCUACGGCACCGGCCGCUCACGUUAUCUGGCCAUGAAGGAGCGACGCAAUCGCUUGGCCCGCAGUCGCUCCUCGCAUCAGUUUGGCAACGAGGACGAUGAUCUGGAUGAGCCCGUAUCGCCGACAACAGUGUCGCCAUCCGCUUACCUGGCCUCAAGAUAUAGCGGCUAUGGCAGCAGCGAUCUAUCGCGCAGUCGCUCCUCGCACGCCCUCAAAUCGCGCGACAAUUCGCCCAUCACGGAUCGCAGUGCGGGCUCUUCGCGCGGCGCGCUGGGCAGCUCGACGGACAACAAGGACGGGGAGGCGCUCAGCUCGUGGGCGCGCUAUCUGAAGAACAAGUACGGCAGCAAGAGCUCCAAGGAUGCGCCCAGCAGCAGCAGCGGCAGCGGCAGCAGUGCGCGCGAUAGCCACGCCUCCGGCUCGACGGCGGCCAGCCGGAGCACGGCCAGCGAUGUGUCCAGGCGGCUGAGCCUCGGCCUGCCGUUGCGUCAGGCCAAUGAGCUGGCCUCGUCCGACGAUGACGGGUCAAAAAACGGGCUAGGCUCCCCUACGUCCCCUACGGUAGCAGCAGCAGCAGCAGCCGGUAUAACCGGAGUGGCAGGUACUAUCCCUAAACAGGUAUACCUGCGCAAGCGCCAGCAGCUGUUCCAGUUGGGGGGCCGGGGGAGCGAGCCCGGAUCCUUUACGUGGCCGCGCGGCCUAGCCGUCGGCCCCGACAAUAGCAUUGUCGUCGCCGAUUCAAGCAAUCAUCGUGUUCAGGUCUUCGACUCGAAUGGCAUCUUCGUCAAGGAGUUUGGCGAGUAUGGCAACGGCGAGGGUGAAUUCGAUUGUCUAGCGGGCGUGGCAGUCAAUCGCAUCGGCCAGUACAUCAUUGCCGAUAGAUACAAUCAUCGCAUUCAGGUGCUCGAUCCGCAAGGACGCUUCCUGCGCGCCUUCGGUUCGCAGGGCAUCGCAGAUGGCAAAUUCAAUUAUCCUUGGGGCGUUACAACCGAUGCACUCGGCUUCAUUUACGUAUGCGAUAAGGAGAACCACAGAGUGCAGGUUUUCCAAUCCGAUGGUUCCUUCGUUGGUAAAUUCGGUUCCUGUGGCCGUGGCGAGGGCCAGCUUGAGCAUCCGCAUUAUAUAGCCGUAUCGAAUACGAAUCGUGUUAUUGUUUCCGAUUCGAAUAACCACAGAAUUCAGAUAUUCGAUGUUAAUGGCAAAGUGCUGUCCACUGUGGGCGGCGAGGGCUCCGAUGAUGGACAAUUUAAAUUUCCACGCGGCGUGGCUGUGGAUGAUCAGGGCUAUAUCUUUGUGGCCGAUUCGGGCAAUAAUCGCAUACAGAUCUUCAAUCCGGAUGGCAGCUUCCUGAAGACCUUCGGCUCCUGGGGCUCCGGUGACUCGGAGUUCAAAGGGCUCGAGGGCGUGGCCAUUAUGUCGAAUGGCAAUAUUUUGGUAUGCGAUCGUGAAAAUCAUCGUGUUCAGGUCUUCUGAGCGAUCACGGCCAAGCCCCACGUCAACAACAACAAUUUAUUAUUUCAAUUUGAUUUUAUUUUG